CCAAAGUUGACAGCACAGUUAAAGUUUCCAAAAAUACCAUUACUUUCAUGAAUAAAAGUUUGUUUCUGUCUUCACAGUUGAGUCCCAGGGUCUAUCAUAAUGCUUGAUAUACCAAAUCAAUAUUUGUAUGAUAAAUCCGUUUCUGUUUAUUAAAUAAAAGCAAUUAUUAAUUCUUAAAACUACAAUGAGAUGCUACCUCACAUCUGGGACAAUGGUUGUUAUAAAAAAGAUGAAAGAUAACAGAGCCAAAGAUGACGUGGAGAAGAGGGUGUACACUGACGGUGGGGUGUCAGUACAGCCAUUACAGAAAAUAGCAUGAGAUUUCCUCAAAACCUAAAAUUACCAUGUGGCCCAGCAAUCCCACUACAGGGUAUAGAUUCAAAGGAGAUGGAAUAAAUAUGUUGAAGAGACCUUCCAUACCUAUGUUCAUUGCAGACCUCUUCAUAAUAGCCAAGAUAUGGAAUCAAUGUAUAUUUGGUGGAAUAUUGCUCAACCAUAGAAAAGAAUGAAGUCCUUUCAUUAGAAGCAACAUGGGUAAGCCUGGAGGACAUAAAAUGCAAUAAGCCAGGCACAGAAAGACAAAUACCACAUGUUCUCACUUACAUGUGGAAUCUACAACAACAGUUCUACUCUCUGAGACAGAAUAGAGCACUGGUUACCAGGGCCUGAACAUUGAGGGAACUGGGGAAAUCUUAAUCAGAGGACACAAAAUCUUGUUUCAAUAGGAGGAGUAAAUUCAAGAGAGCUACUGUAUAUCAUAGUGACUGGGUUCAUAAAAACAUAUAUUGUACUUGAAAAUUGACAAGAGGGUAUAUUUUAAGUGUUCUCAACACAUACAAUGAUAUGUGAGAUAAUGCAUAUAUCAUAGCUUAUUUGCCACUACACUGUAUUAUACACCAUAAAUAUGUACAAUACUGCUUGCCAAUAAUAAAUCAAAAUAACAGUCUUUACCAGACUGUGCUCCUCAGGACAGCUAUCUGUGGAAUAUGCCCUCCCCAAAAAGUGGUUCAUUAGUCAAAUGAGUUUGACAGAUUCUGUAAACAGUGAGGCCUUUUCUUUAGUCACAGUGGUCAUUAGCAUACUGAUGGGCUCAGACAUCCUGGCAGAAAAACCUAUGAGCAUAGCUUUAAAUCUAGUAGGUUUCAUAAUUUAUUAUGUUUUCAAUCUCCAACACUCCAGCACACACACACACACACACACACAUGCACACAAUGAAACCCACGUCCUGUGAGACCACCCUGGAGUUAACACUGACCCAUGUGGGCCCAGGUGAAAGGAGACACUGUUCAGCAGUCUCUGCUGGAAUAAGGCAUUUAAACGUCCAUCUGAUCUCCUUCCCAUUUUCUGUCUUUUUCCCUUCUGCCAGGGUGCUGGCCUGUCCCUCUCAGCCCGAGAUGGCAGUGGACAUUGAAUACAGAUACAACUACAUGGCCCCCUCCUUGCGCCGAGAGCAGUUCACCUUCAAGGCCUCACCAAAGCCAAGCAAGCCACUGAGGCCUUGCAUUCAGCUGGGCAGCAAGAAUGAAGCCAGUGGCAUGGUGGCCCCUGCAGUGCAGAAGAAAAAGGUGAAAAAGCGGGUGUCCUUCGCGGACAACCGAGGGCUGGCCCUGACAAUGGUCAAAGUGUUCUCAGAAUUCGAUGACCCAUUAGAUAUUCCAUUUAACAUCACUGAGCUCCUAGACAACAUUGUGAGUUUGACGACAGCAGAGAGCGAGAGCUUUGUCUUGGACUUUUCACAGCCCUCCACGGAUUACUUAGACUUUAGAAAUCGACUUCAAGCUAACCAUGUCUGCCUUGAAAACUGUGUGCUGAAGGACAAAGCCAUCACAGGCACCGUGAAGGUUCAGAACCUCGCAUUUGAGAAGAUCGUGAAAAUCAGGAUGACAUUUGACACUUGGAAGAGCUUCACAGACUUUCCUUGCCAGUACGUGAAGGACACGUAUGCUGGUUCAGACAGGGACACGUUCUCCUUUGACAUUAGCUUACCCGAAAAGAUCCAGUCUUAUGAAAAGAUGGAGUUUGCUGUGUGCUAUGAGUGCAAUGGCCAGACUUAUUGGGACAGCAACAAAGGCAAAAACUACCGGAUCAUCCAGGCUGAAUUAAAGUCCACUCAGGUCGAGCCACAAAAUGGACCAGAUUUUGGAAUAUCUUUGGACCAAUUUGGAAGCCCUCGGUGCUCCUACGGUCUGUUUCCAGAGUGGCCGAGUUACUUAGGAUAUGAAAAGCUAGGGCCUUAUUAUUAGUGACUGCAGUUAACAGGUUGUGGCUCUGGUCACCCUGGGUUGGAGAAGCCAAGAAAAGAGCAAAGCUGAACUUCAGUCAGGCACUGUUUGUGACAAGAAAGGAUCCUGUUCACUUUUUUCUGAAACCAGCAGAUACAGCCGGGUUUAGCUCACAGAACUGGUUUCUCACUCAGAGGUGACACGCCGGUCCCUUGUGACACCUGGAGCGGCCACAAGAAUGAACAGGAUGGUGCCAGGAAGGGUCUGGAAAGGAACCAAGCCUGUGGGCAGCGCUGGCAAGCCUAGAGGAGUCUGCUCUCAGAUGCACAGAGCCAGUCACCUGAAAGUCAUUCAGUCCUUGCCGCCCCUGUAGAACCCCCCUCAUCCAUCCACCUUUGGUGGUCUCCACCAUUCAGGCCUUUCCUGCUGCUCAGGCCACCUUUAACUCUGUGCUGUGACAUCUGAUGUGAUUCCUUUCUGAUGCAGCUACAGAGGACAAAGACAGUCAGCUCCUUUUUCUGCAAGUUCAUUUUUUUUCUCACCGUUCAUUCGAUGUUCAGGAGAAGAGAAUAAAGGCAAAUAAAUAGCCUGUGACUGAGAGAGGUAUUUCCUCUCCCCUCUUCCUGACCCCACAGACUGGUGAUGGAAGGUCCUGUACGGGGUCACAGAUUGCAGGGCCAUGACGAGGCAGGUGUAGGGGACACUUUCAGCUUUACCUCUUGGCUUUUUGGAAGUGCUUUCUAAGAACUAGCCAUCACCUGAGUAACUAGAAGGCUCAAUGACAUGAUUUGUUUUCACCUCAUUGGCUGCUUCACAAGCCUCAUUCUUUAGCAAAGAAUUGUAGAUCUCUCUUCCCAGAGAGUCAUCUCGAUUCUGUGUUUAGGACAUUUGAUUCGCAGAUCCAGCAGAUCCACGAAGCUCUCAAAACAGGUCUGGUUUUAUUUUGCCUGCAGUAUGCAGAACAUUUUACAAGCACCGAGGGACGUUACUCAGGUGUUCUUAUUUAUGGUGUGCUAGUAUGUAAAGGGAUGGGGAGCAGACCCUCAUCACAUUCUCAUGUGUUUAAAUGUUUGCCAACUCUGAAACAUCAGUGGUUCAUUGUUCUUAACCAUACUGGACUUAAAGUAGAAUGCUGUUGUGAGACUCCUGGAUGGAUCCCCAAAACCUGUGAUUUUUCUUGGGAAAGAUUGGUUUUUACUUAGGGGUAUUUGAAAAAUAUUUUUACAUGUGUAUUCAUAGAAAUUUUGAUUUUUUUUUCUUGUUUGUUUUUGGAGUUUAGUUGAACUAUUUAAGGCUCUAUUUGCCUGAUCUUACUAAAGAGAGGUUUUCUUAGGCACACAGGAGAAGGAAUGUGCCCUUGCCUACAUUUGGAGGCACAGAUGCUGGACUUGUCGAGCAAGGAGCCUUGUGCUUGAAUUUUCCAGAUUAAUUAAAGAGAUCUCCUGCUUUCUGUGGCUUUGGAAAUGAGUGUCAGGCAGAUAACAAGUGCCUUGGCUCCUGGACUUUGGUAGUUUGGGCUAUUUUUCUUUUCAUUUUCAUUUUUGAGCUUUUAUUUUUCAUUUUGAACAUUUUCAGUUUUAACUGUUUAAAUGCUAAGUGGUAUUUGAUGUAAUUAUCAUUCCUAAAACAGGCUGUUACUAGUUCAUAAUCUAGGGAUUUAUUUUCUGUACCUCUCCCAGGUGGGUAGCACUUUGGGAUUACAUGAUAAUGUAAUUUAUGGGGAAAUCUUAUUUGUAUUUUAUGCUGAAACUGGGCAAGACUGUUUUAUCCAAGCACCAGGUACACAGAUGGUACUUUAAAUGUUACAUAAUUAUUAAUGCAUAAAUCCAAAUCAAAUUGGAGGCAAAACUGAUCUCAUAUAGAUCAUGAGUUUUAUUUUGGGUUAAGAAGUGCCCCCCUUCCAGUGAAAGAAAGGAACAAGGUGUGCUGUUAUUUACAAGCUGCCAGAGUAAGGAUGAUUCUGUGUUCCAAAGAAGAGGUCCUAAAGUGACUCCAGAAUAGUCUUUUCAUUUUGUGUAAUAAUGAUCCUGAGACAUUCCCUUGUCAAAAUUUGAAAUAUGGUAACUCAGUGAUAAGAAUCUCUCCUAAAGCAGCUACAAGCCCUCCCUCCCGCCUUCUUUCUCCUAACUCACCCGAGCCUUUGCCUGGGGGCCCUGGUUGCAAGCCCCAAGCUAACACACCUGGGGUGAGCACCCUGCUCCUCUGCUCAAAAAACAA